AUUGUAUAAUGGGUAUACCGUUAGCUGUCACAAACAUAACCAUUAAUGAACUCCCAGAAAAUAAAUAACUGACCCAUUGCCUCUGUGGCUUAUCAUAACAAGGCCUGGGUGCGGUUUACACAUCGCUCCAGCCGCGCCUUUUCCUGUCACAACGGAACGGCUGUGCGUAAGGACGGCGGGUCAGCUGACAGCCAUCAGAGGAAGGAGCGGAAUUAGCGGGUGUGUAAACUGGGAACCUGCUGGAUCUUGACAUAAGCUACAUCCGAGGCCAGACGCGGAGCUUUACUCUGGUGGCGGUCGUGAGAGAGCUAGGGCGGGGUUUGGUUUCACCAUGGCCAGUUGGGACUGAGAAGCAGCCACAAUGAUUGGAGGAUUGUUCAUCUACAACCACAAGGGGGAGGUCCUCAUCUCCCGGGUCUAUCGAGAUGACAUUGGGCGUAACGCGGUGGAUGCGUUCCGCGUGAACGUGAUUCACGCCCGGCAGCAGGUUCGAUCCCCGGUGACCAACAUUGCUCGAACCAGCUUCUUCCAUGUCAAGCGCUCCAACAUCUGGUUGGCGGCCGUCACCAAGCAAAAUGUCAACGCCGCCAUGGUGUUCGAGUUCCUUUACAAGAUGUGUGAUGUCAUGACGGCCUACUUUGGCAAGAUCAGCGAGGAGAACAUCAAGAAUAACUUUGUACUCAUCUACGAGCUGCUGGAUGAGAUCUUGGACUUUGGAUACCCCCAGAACUCAGAGACUGGAGCUCUGAAGACCUUCAUCACCCAGCAGGGCAUUAAGGGACAGCACCAGACAAAAGAGGAGCAGUCUCAGAUCACCAGCCAGGUGACGGGCCAGAUCGGCUGGCGCCGUGAAGGCAUCAAGUAUCGCCGUAAUGAGCUUUUCCUGGACGUACUGGAGAGCGUCAACCUGCUCAUGUCACCACAGGGCCAGGUCCUGAGUGCCCAUGUGUCGGGCCGAGUGGUGAUGAAGAGCUACCUGAGCGGAAUGCCUGAGUGCAAAUUCGGCAUGAACGACAAGAUUGUCAUCGACAAGCAGGGCAAGGGAGGAACAACUGAUGACGCAGGGAAGAGUGAUUUAGGGGGAGGAAGCAGUGGGAAGCAGUCUAUAGCCAUCGACGACUGCACUUUCCACCAGUGUGUGCGUCUCAGUAAGUUUGACUCUGAGCGUAGCAUCAGCUUCAUCCCCCCUGAUGGAGAGUAUGAGCUCAUGAGGUAUCGCACCACUAAAGACAUCAUCCUGCCGUUUCGAGUAAUUCCUCUAGUCAGGGAGGUUGGGCGCACCAAACUGGAGGUUAAGGUGGUCAUCAAGUCCAACUUCAAACCCUCGCUGCUGGCCCAAAAGAUCGAGGUGCGUAUCCCAACACCCCUCAACACUAGCGGCGUGCAGGUGAUUUGUAUGAAGGGAAAAGCCAAGUACAAGGCCAGUGAGAACGCCAUUGUAUGGAAGAUCAAACGCAUGGCUGGGAUGAAGGAGUCUCAGAUCAGUGCUGAGAUCGAGCUGCUGCCGACCAACGAUAAGAAGAAAUGGGCCAGGCCUCCCAUCUCUAUGAACUUUGAGGUUCCUUUUGCACCCUCUGGUCUGAAGGUGCGCUAUUUGAAGGUGUUUGAGUCCAAGCUCAACUACAGUGAUCAUGAUGUGAUCAAAUGGGUGCGGUACAUCGGCCGCUCCGGCAUCUACGAAACGCGCUGCUAAAGUUCAACCCACUCCAGGCAGCGAAGUGACCACUUCCCUCUAUCUUAAAACAUUUUUUUCUUUCUUCUGCCCCUUCCUACUUUGUCUCUCUUGUCCCCUCAAUCCUUAUAGCUUCUCUCAUACACCCCACCCUGCUCCACCCCUUCCUAACUAAGUGUUGGAAAUUGAAUGACAAAAAAAAAAGUAAAUAUGAUAUGAUGCACAGAUAUAUGCAAAAUGUGAACCAUUGUAUCGUAUAUAUCUUGUAGUGAUGAGUAAACCUGUAAACCAACUGGUGUCUGAAAGAUAAAGACCAGUGAGGCAGAUGGGGACCAGGGGGAGAGGACUGGAUUAUGGGUGCUCUCUUGUGUUUAAGUGUUAUUAUUCCACUAUCUACUCCAGUUACUUUAGAAGUCCCACAAGUCCAAGAGGUAAUCCCUUGUAAGAUUAUUGGUAGCUGUUGUGGUUUAAAUAAAUCCUGAUAUUGUUCUUGUAAAUUAACUUCUGUCUCAGUAGAGCUGACCCUUCAAAUUGAGAUGCAUUGUCUGAUUCUGUAUUGUGGACUCAAAAGCCUCAAUUGAAAGUCUUUUAUGGGUUAUUAGAAAACAGAAGGAAUCGAUAGUGACCGAGCUGUUCUUGUAUUUUCUGGAGAGUAUUGGUUCUUUCCCUUGCUGUUUUGCCACUACUAGUUUUACCAGCAUCCAGCGAGUAAAGUUAACGCAUUACAGUUUUGAGGUCUGCCCAUCAUCCCAAUAAGCUAGUUUAUGACCCAAAAUGUCCUGUUUCUUAAGCACCAAGAUCAACUCUGUCACACUAUUUUGAUUCAAAGAUGCUUUGGGGAAAAUGUGGCAGUGGGCGUGUGUUUGUCGUGAGGUGAAGUCUCCCCCUGGUGUUCGCCUCAUCACUGUCUGCUUCUUCAUGUUUGUAGCCCUGGUGACCGUUCUGUCCAAUAAAAUCUGACUAUGUAACCAA